AUGUUUUCUCAAGGUGCAAUUCCAGGAAGAGUUGAUGCAGAUUAUUAUGAUGCUGAGUUCGAGGAUUUCACAGCAGAUGCUACUCAUCUCGAUACCUGGGUCUUUGACAAAGUGAAGGCCUUCUUCGAAGAAGCAAGGACAAACACCACAUUGAACGAGAUCCUGAGACAAGAUAAGCUGGUUUUCUUCCUACACCUGCUCGGAUUGGACACUACUGGUCACGGAUACAGACCCUAUUCGAAAGAGUACCUCCACAAUAUCAAGGUUGUCGACCAGGGUGUAAAAGAGAUUCACGAUCUUAUCCAGAACUUCUACGAAGACGACAACACUGCUUAUGUCUUUACGGCUGAUCAUGGCAUGAGUGACUGGGGCAGUCAUGGCGACGGCCAUCCUGAUAAUACUCGAACGCCGCUUAUCACAUGGGGUUCUGGUAUCGCUAAGCCUCUCGUAAGACCGGGUCAGAUCGCUCCAGGCCAUGCGGAUAACUUUUCGCACGACUGGGAUCUCCAGCACGUGCAGAGACACGAUGUUGGACAAGCGGACGUUGCCGCUCUUAUGGCUCACUUGGUUGGACUCGAUAUUCCUGUAAAUUCUGUGGGUGAGCUGCCUCUUUCAUACUUGAGUGAGCCUCUUGACCGCAAGGCUCAUGCCGCGCUAGCCAAUGCCAGAGAGGUUCUCGAGAUGUAUGCUGUCAAGGAGGCCGACAAGCAACGAACAGAACUCCGCUACAAGCCAUUUCCAGCAUUUGCCGAAGAAGGGAAAACUGUGGCUGAUCGCUUCCUCCUGAUCGAGACAUCCAUCUCGCAAGGCCAGCACGAAAAAUCAAUAACUAUGUCGAAGGAUCUGCUCCAUGAAGGUCUUCGAGGCCUGCGCUACCUCCAGACAUACGAUUGGUUUUUUCUACGCGUUCUGAUAACGCUUGGGUACCUUGGUUGGAUUGCUUAUGCGACCAGCACCGUCAUUGACAUCCACGUUCUGCACGGUAGCAUUGCCAGCGACAGAUCUUCGCUCUCGCUGGUUGCUUUUUCUUCAAUUCUUGUAUUGCUUUACUCGUCUUUCAUCAUUAGCGAGUCACCUAUUACCUAUUAUGCUUACGCCUUCUUCCCAGUCUUCUUCUGGGAGGAAGUGUGGUCACGUCGAAGAGGACUUCUUGCUGGGCUGAAAAUGCUAUUCGGAAACACCCACCACCGUUCGUCUUAUUUGGUGUUCGGCCUGGAGUCGCUGGCAUUUCUUGUCAUCAAGGUCGAGAACGCCAACACUAUAACCAUGGGCGGUCUUCUAAUGCUAGCGGCUGGGCUUUUCUAUCUGGCCUUUGAGCAAUCGAUUACCGCGAAGUCUCGAUCAGGCAAAGUUGAUGCACGCACGAACUCCUUGUCUCGAACCAUCAUGGGAUUUCAAGCAGGAAUUGUCGGCCUGACCAUUAUCGUUACUCGUUCCAGUGUCGCAUCUUUACAGGCCAAGGAAGGUCUACCACUGGGCAAUCAAAUCGUUGGCUGGCUAUGUCUGUUAGGAUCUCUAAUCUUGCCAUUUAUCCACCGGAUAGCGCCGAACGACCACUACCUACAUCGUCUGAUGGUCAUCUUCCUGAGCUUUUCGCCAUCCUUCGUUCUCUUUACCAUCUCCUACGAAGGCCUGUUUUACUUUGCAUUCUGUAUAACACUUCUUGUUUGGGUACGCCUUGAGCACGCCGUUCAUCUUUACACGACUUCUAUUACUUCCACCAACGGCACGAUAUCUCAGGCCCCGUCUCAGGGAAGCACGAUUGUUUCAGCCGCUCCUUCUAACAUUGAUCUUAUCCCACCUUCCCCAAAGCCCAACAAACAGAAUUUGGUUCAGCCGCGGACGAGAGCUACACGCACUCUGACAACUUCAGACCUUCGUGUAUCACUUUUCUUUCUCUUCCUGCUUCAGUCAGCUUUCUUCAGUACGGGAAAUAUUGCAUCAGUCUCCUCGUUCUCCUUGGAAGCAGUCUAUCGUCUCAUUCCAAUCUUCGAUCCUUUCUCUCAAGGUGCUUUACUCAUUCUCAAGAUUCUCAUUCCUUUUGCAGUCAUAUCUGCCGCUCUCGGUAUCCUCAAUCGACGACUUGGCCUUCAAUCAUCUGCCCUCUUCAUGGUCGUCAUGGCGGUUGGUGAUGUUCUAGUCAUGAACUUCUUCUGGAUGGUGAAAGAUGAGGGAAGUUGGUUGGACAUUGGGACUACAAUCAGUCACUUUGUGAUUGGGAGUCUGCUGAGUGUGUUUGUAGCUGGAUUGGAAGGAGUAAGUGAGCUGCUGAUCUCUGGUGUCGAUGUUGCGGAGACCGUCAUAGAUGACCAGAGUAAAGAUGUGGUCGACACUAGGAAGACCAGCAAUGGCAGCGUGAAGAGCAUGGAGACUAUCAAGCCGGACAAGGAGGAGAGACCCGUAAUCGAUUGA